UUAAGACAUUCGGAAGUGUUCUGAUUUUGUCCAAAAACUCGUGCAUGUUUUGUUUGUUUUCCUUUUAAAUAGAUUUGAUUUUGUGACAGCAGAAAUGAGGGAGACUCCUUUGUCAAACUGUGAAAGAGAAUUUAUAAAGAAAGCGGUAGCUGAUAAAAGGAGAAUAGAUGGGCGACAAGCAUAUGAUUACAGACAUUUAAAAGUUAGCUUUGGUGUAGAAAGAGGAUGUUGUCAAGUGGAAGUUGGAGAAACAAGGGUGAUGUCACAAGUGUCAUGUCAAGUUGUUGAACCAAAGCAAGCUCGACCCGCUGAUGGCAUCCUGUAUAUCAAUGUAGAACUUUCUCCAAUGGCAUGUCCAAGUUUUGAACCAGGGAGAUUGUCUGAUUUUGGUGUAGAGAUUAACAGAUUACUGGAAAGAUGUCUGAAGGAAUCCAGAUGUAUAGAUACUGAAUCUCUGUGUAUUGUGGCUGGUGAAAAGGUAUGGGAAGUAAGGGUAGAUGUGCAUGCUUUAAACCAUGAUGGAAAUUUGAUAGAUGCUUGCAGUAUAGCAGCUAUAGCAUCGCUUGCUCACUUCAGGAGACCUGAUAUAACAGUGUCUGGAGAUGAAAUUACUAUUCAUCCUGCCUCAGAGAAAGAUCCUGUUCCACUCAGUGUUCAUCACAUGCCUAUCUGUGUUUCUUUUGCCUUCUUUGAACAAGGAAAAUUUCUGCUUGUUGACCCGACAGACAAAGAAGAGAAAGUGAUGGAUGGACGUAUGGUGAUAGGGAUGAAUAAACAUAGAGAAAUAUGUACAUUACAGAUUACUGGACAGAUGUUGCUUUUAAAAGAUCAGGUUUUAAGGUGUUCCAAUAUAGCAGUUGUUAAAGUGACAGAAAUUACAGAGCUGAUACAUAAAGCACUUGAAAAUGACAGACAAGAAAGGUCCAAAGGAGGAAAAUUUGGUUUUGCCGAAUCAGUAUGCAAGAACAAACUGACGACCAAUCAGAAAACAACAGAGCCAGUUGACAUGGAUACUGUAGAAGGUGAAAUGGCUUCAGCAUACCUACAGGGAUCAGAUGAUAGUGAUACAAACAGUGAUAUUACCUCGUCAGAAGAUGAUGAUUCUGUUAUAAUAAUGGAGAGUGGUGUAGGAGGUAUAGGGAUGACUGGUAAAAGCAUAGGGAUGGGAGGUAAAAGCGCCUGGGAUGUGGAUGAUGAAAUGAAGGAAUUGAAAGACGAAGGAACCAAACAAUCUACACAGAAAUCACAGAAGAGUCAUACUACCAAACAUGCAGAUGGUGGUGACCUUGGAGAUUCCAGCGAGGAAGAGACUACAGAGGUUCUUGGACAAACAGCACAGAAACAGACAACAGGAGCACAUAAAACAAAGAAGAGAAAAUCUUGACUUGUUUUGUAAUUUGAAAAAAAAUAAAAAUAAAUGCACA